AUGUUUCUCCCAGCCAAACCAGAAACCAAACCAAAGAAGGCUGUGAGGAGGAGAACUAGGAAGAACCUGAAGGACGGGAGCACUGGUAGCUGGUCUGCAGACACUGAAGAUCCUGCUUGUACCAAAGUGAAGGAGAACGUGAAGGCAAGGAAGCCCAAAAGACGCAAGAGCCAAUCCCAUCAAACAAAAGACAUCAAGGACACUGCCAAUGAGAGAGAGGACAGCAAGGCUCCAGCCAAUCACAGAGAUGACAGCAAGGCCCUGGUUAAUGAGAAAGAAGACGGCAAGGGGUCAGGGUUCACAGGUGAGUGCGAGGACCUAUCCCUGUCUGGCCCAGAGAGCAGAACACACCAGAAAAAGACCAGACAAGUUAAGAAGACCCCAGAGAAAGACAAAGACAAUGCCAAGACCCCACAAAAAGAGUCCAAUAACAGAGUCAACAUCCUUGCUGUACUGGAAAGGUGGCGUCUGGAGAAGAAGUUGUCAUCUUGUCCCAACCCCUCGGGCUCAGAUGUGGAGCUAAGUGAGGAGAGUGACAGUGCUCUGCACCCUGACAGGCAGCCAGGGGACCAGGACCGAGCUGUGCUCAACACGAGUCAAACACACAUCUCAACGAUAGAACAAGAUCUACAGGCCCAGCUGGAUGUGAUGAUGCAGGUGUUGAACACGUCUGACGAGGUGGAGCAGCUGGUGCUGAGGAACACCGGCUUGACAGACGCACUCCUACUGAGCCUGGCCGCAGCCCUGAAGAGGAGCCCCUCGGAGGUCACAUUCCUCAAUCUCAACCUCAACCACAUCGGACCCCAAGGGGCCCACAUCCUCCUGGACCUACUGAGGGCCAAGCCCCAGGUCAAAGGACUGCUCUUGUUUGGAAACCAACUGGGAGACCCUGGAGUUCUGAAACUACUUAGUGGACUGGCUCAACUCCAGGAGAUAACAACGAGACACCCAACAUCACUACCAUGGAUUGAAGAUCCCCAGGUCCAGGGCCAGAACCCGUUAACACACUCAGUUGUCCCCCUCCCUCCAACCACAAGGGGCACUCUCUACCCCUUUUCACUGUUGGAGCUGGACAUAGGAGGAAACGGGCUGAGCAGCAAUGGCCUGAGGAUGUUGACAUCCUACAUGAGACUCCACUCAAGACUGCAGUACCUGGGGCUGGCCCGGACCACUGGUGUGGACCUAGAGGCAUGGCGGGAGCUGUUUGACUCUCUGAAGGGAAAUGUGACUCUCAGCCAUAUUAUCCUGGAUGAGAGUAACCUAGGAGACCAGGGAGCCAGGCUAUUUUCUGACACGCUGAGAGCCAAUCAGAGCCUGAGGCAGGUGGAUCUGGACAGUAAUGGGAUUGGUGAGGUGGGAGGAAGUGAAAUCAUAGAGGCGCUGCUUUGUAGGACACAGUUUCCGCUGAGACACCUGAGUCUGGAGGGGAAUGGUAUCAGCACUGGACUAAUGGGUAGAAUUCAACAGGAAGUGAGAUUUAACUGACAGAAACAUGUUUUAAAAAAAAAAAAAUUUUAUACAUAUUACAGAACUGGAAUUUAUCCAAAAUGAUGAACAAGGUAGGGCACAGCGCAUAGCACAAAAGAGGAACAGUCAAAAUAGAUGUUGCGGAAAAUACUAAAUAAUAUGGAUUUGUCUGACUAUUUCUACACAAGAUCAGCAUCUAGCUACUGUACACGAGACUAGACUAUUCCUCACUGUUAAUAAAUUACUUCUCACAUCUAUGUUGAAUCAUCUCAAUUGGAGCUCAGUCAGUGUAAAUUGCAGGUCAGUGGAAUAAAACUGGAAAAACAUUUGACUCUCUUUGCCAACUCACAUGGAGGGCCUUUCCCUCUGCUACUGGUGGCCCUGAUUUAAAUAUCUUUGUAGAGCUCACAGACAUGGCCAUCAGCUCAGCAGGUAGGAAGGAGUGCGCUGGGAUUUAGCUAGGCUGCUCUGUGGUAUGGAUGAGACGUCAGAGAAAAGCCCUGUAAAGUAAGUCUUUCUUCCCAGAACCUGUGGUGAGGCCAGGCCAGGAUGUUUACCUUGUGCUAUUUUCUUCCCACCCUGAUUUAUUCACAAAUGCUGCCCUCAGGACCACACUCCCCUCCUUGUUGACGCUUGUUAUUCCCUAAAGUUUAGUAUUCCCCUGGAAAAUGUGGAGAAAUAUCCAUAUCUCGUAACCAUGGUGAUGCAAACAUGAAGUGGCACAAUUAAACAGUACUUCCUAUUAGAUACAGUAAAAAUGUAUUUCUACAGUAUCUACUGUAUUUUUUUUAAAGGCAGGAAUGAAGAAAAUCGAAUAAAAAAGAAAUAUAUC